AUGGGCCAUCAGAAGGAACUUAUGUUGUGCUGCGGGGACCUGCUGCGAAUCUGGUACCAACUGCUGAGCCAGGCUCUCACUGAAUACCUCCAGACGCUCAUACUAGUGAUGUUGGGCUGUGGCUCUGUGGCCCAGGUUGUACUGAGCAGAGGGAUCCACAGUGGCUUUCUUACCAUCAAUCUGGCUUUUGGCUUUGCAGUCACACUUUAUAUCCUUAUUGCUAGCCAAGUGUCUGGAGCCCACCUGAAUCCAGCUGUCACCUUUGCCAUGUGCUUCCUGGCAAGGGAGGCAUGGAUUAAGCUGCCCACCUAUACACUGGCCCAGACAUUAGGGGCUUUCCUAGAGGCUGGGAUUGUCUAGGUAUACUAUGAUGCGAUUUGGGCCCUUGACCAGUUCAUUGGCACGGCAUCACUCAUCGUCUGUGUGUUGGCUAUUGUGGAUUCCCACAAUAACCCAAUUCCCCGAAGUCUUGAAGCCUUUACUGUUGGCUUUGUGGUCCUGGUCAUAGGUACAUUCAUGGGUUUCAACUCUGAUUAUGCUGUUAAUCCAGCUCGAGAUUUUGGUCCCUGCCUGUUCACUGCCAUUGCUGGCUGGGGUUCUGAGGUCUUCACAAUGGGUCGGUACUGGUGGUGGGUUUCCAUCAUCUCACCACUUCUUAGUGCCAUUGCUGGAGUUUUUGUCUAUCAGCUCAUGAUCAGCUUUCACCUGGAGACUCCAUCUCCUUCCACAGAGCAGGAGAAUGUCAAGCUGGCUCAUAUGAAACACAAAGAACAGAUCUGA